AUGAGGAAGGGGCGUUCCGUGGCGUGGGAUCAGAGCGGGUACCAAAGACGUUACGGUGGUAAUGAUGGUAUUGGAAAUUGGGCUGAUUGGACUUUGGGCCUGCGACAUUUGGGGGAGACAAAAAAACCAUUAGGAUUCACUGCGACCACACAGUAA